AUGGCCCAGCCCGCUGCCGGGGCCAGGCAGCCCCCGCCGCCCGCGGGGCGCAGGAGGUGACGGAGUGCCCAUGACAGCCCCCACCAGGUGCUCGCGGGACGCCGGCGGUCACUGCGUGCUGAGGCCGGCACAGAGACAUGAGUGGCAACACGAGCCAGCGCGCCGCCGCCCUGGGGGUCCUCUUUGCCCUGAUCAUGUUGCUGAUCAUCUACAGCUCUGGCAACGGGAGCGAGGUCUUCCCCUACAGCCGCCUGCGGGGCAGAGCCCGCCGGCCCCCCGACCUCAAGAAGUGGGGGGUGAAAAGCGGGUACCUGCCUGUCUGUGGGAACAAGACCCUGACUGCCCGCUGCCAUCAGUGCGUCAUUGUCACCAGCUCCAGCCACCUCCUGGGCACCCACCUGGGCACGGUCAUCGACGGGGCUGAGUGCACCAUCCGCAUGAACGAUGCUCCCACCACGGGCUACGAUGCUGAUGUGGGCAACAAGACCAGCUUCCGCGUGGUGGCCCACUCCAGCCUCUACCGUGUCCUCAAGCGGCCCCAGGAGUUUGUCAACAAGACUCCAGAGACCAUCUUCAUCUUCUGGGGGCCGCCCACCAAGAUGCAGAAGAGCCUCCUGAAGAUCAUCCAGCGCGUCUGCGCCUCGUUCCCCAACAUGACCGCCUACGUUGUCUCCCCCGGCCGCAUGAAGCAGUUUGAUGACCUGUUUCGGGGAGAGACAGGCAAGGACAGGGAGAAGUCUCGCUCGUGGCUCAGCACAGGCUGGUUCACCAUGGUGAUUGCUGUGGAGCUGUGUGAUGCCAUCCACGUCUAUGGCAUGGUGCCACCCAGCUACUGCGGCCACCACCCCCCACCCCGCCGCCUGCCCUACCACUACUACGAGCCCAAGGGCCCCGACGAGUGCACAACCUACAUCCACAACGAGCGGAGCCGCAGGGGCAACCACCACCGCUUCAUCACCGAGAAGAGGGUCUUUGCCAGCUGGGCCAGCCUCUACAACAUCACCUUCUCCCACCCCACCUGGACCUAGGGGCUGCCCCACGCCUGCCAGGCACGCCCCUGGUGCUGGCAUGGAUGGGGAUUCCCCUGCAUCCCCCUGGGAGUGGUGGGAGCCAGGCAUCAGGGUGCCACCACGCAUCCUGCCUCCCACAGGACCACUGCUGUUGUGCGUGGUGGCUCCUUGCACCUGGGAUGUGUUGGGUUUUGAGCUGGUUUUUGGGGGCCAGGUGGUGAAUGUAAGGUUUAAGGUGUGCCCCCUCCAUGUGCAGGAUACUCGGGCAUGAUAUGCUGCCCCAUCCUGGUCCGUACACAUUGCAGCCCCUGUGAGCCUCUAAGGGGGUUCCAGGUCCCCUAGGCUCAGUUUUGGUUUGCACCACUUCUGGGGUCAUCACAGAGACUGUUUCCCCCAACCCUCUGGGUAGGGAGACUCUCUCUUGGAGCUCAGCCCCUCUCUGCCAUCCCCAGCACCCUCAUCCCAGUCCUCAGCCAUCCUUCCCACAGCAGAACCCCACAGUUUUUAGUGGGAUCCCACGGGGGUGACAUUGCCACUCUCCCUGUCCCAGUACCCCAAAAACACCAGCCCCUCCCAGCACCACUGUGCCCCACUAUUCCAAAACCUUUUCUAACUGAAAGAUGGGAUUUUUGGGAGAUUUUUGGGGGAUUUGGCUUAGGUUUGCUGCUUUUUCUCCCCACUUCUAAUCCUGGGGUUUGUACUUGAGUUUCCUGGAUGAAGGAGUGAGCAGGGGCUGCUUAUUAGUCGUAGCAAAGAGCCAGCAGCUGCUUAUAAAAUAUUUAGAAGUGGGCAGGUAGAGGGGGUAGUGGCACCCUGUGGCUGGGAGAAGGCUUUGUUAUUAAUUUCUCAGCAGCAGAGAAGUAAAUGUGGGGAAAGCACCUAAACAAGGCAUGUUUGGGUGCUGAGCCUUGGCAGGAAUGCAUUCCUCAGUUUCCCUCUGGCUGUGGCUGGGGUUUUGAGGGGUUCAGUGCUGGGGGAAGCAGUGGGGCACCCAUGUUUUGUAAUUGUUUGUACAGGAAUAAAUAUUGCUGCACUCUGUUACCUGA